CGGUGUUAAAAUAUGAAUGUAAAUAAAAGUUUUAUAUUUACCUUAAAUUAAAGUAGCACUAGAAACGACAACUGUUAUUUUUUUAACAAAACCUAUAAGAUAUGUUUUAAUGAUAUUAUACUAAAUAGUUAUAGAAAUAGUGAAAAUUCCAUAAAAUCUGAUCUUGACAAUGGCUGGUAACUUUUGGCAAAGUUCACAUCAUCAACAAUGGAUACUCGAUAAACAAGAUCUGUUUAGAGAUAGACAACAUGACUUAGCAAAGCUGACUGAGGAGGAGUACCAAAAAGUAUUUAACUUUUUCGCAAGCAUCAUACAAGUAUUAGGGGAACAGCUUAAACUUCGACAGCAAGUCAUAGCAACUGCUACCGUUUAUUUUAAAAGAUUCUAUGCUAGAAAUUCAUUAAAAUGUAUAGACCCGUUACUUUUAGCGCCCACUUGUGUGUUCCUAGCGUCUAAAGUAGAAGAAUUUGGUGUAAUUUCUAAUUCAAGACUAAUAACCACAUGUCAAACAGUAAUUAAGAACAAAUUCAGCUAUGCAUAUGGACAACAGGAGUUUCCUUACAGGACAAACCACAUAUUAGAGUGUGAAUUUUAUUUACUUGAAAAUUUGGAUUGUUGUUUAAUUGUCUACCAACCAUAUCGACCUUUGUUAUUAUUUGUGCAAGAUAUACACACACAAGUACAAGAUGAUCAAAUUCUCACAUAUGCUUGGAGAAUCGUUAAUGAUUCACUGCGAACUGAUGUCAGCUUACUUUAUCCUCCUUACCAGAUUGCUAUAAGUGCUCUUCAUAUUGCUUGUGUGAUGCUCGGUAAAGAGAACCUAAAGCCAUGGUUCGCUGAGCUUAACGUUGAUAUGGAUAAAAUCCAAGAAAUAGUGAGAACUAUCAUUAAUUUGUAUGAAAUGUGGAAGAGUUAUGAUGAAAAGAAAGAAAUUCAAGGCCUUUUAGGAAAAAUUCCAAAACCAUGCCCAGCCCCACAGAGAUAAUGUUCCAUACUUCCAAGCAUUAUGUAUAGCUUGAUGAAAUAUAACAAUUAUUUUUCGAGUAAAA